GCACCCUUUGCGGGGAGUUCUUUGAUGUUUGUGUGGCCCUUUAAGAUUCAUGUAGCUUCCGGACUCCGUCACACCCACGUCACACACGGAACUGUCAAGAUGGAGGACGGUAGAGAAGCUUCCACGAAUUCACUUUUGAAGGAUGAGUGCUAUGCUGAUUUCCUAGAAAAGGACUUUGAUGUGAAGACAUACACCGCUCAGGCCAUUCACCAUGCUGUAAUCGCUGAACAGCUGGCCAAGCUGGCACAAGGCAUCAGUCAGCUGGACAAGGAGCUACACACCCAGGUUGUGGCCAGACAUGAAGACUUACUUGCUCAGGCUACUGGGAUAGAGUCUCUGGAAGGCGUCCUUCAGAUGAUGCAGACAAGGAUUAGUGCUCUACAGGCAGCUGUUGACAGGAUAAGGACAAAGAUUGUUGAGCCAUACAACAAGAUUGUGGCCAGGAUCACUCAGCUCGCCAGGCUGCAGGGUGCCUGUGACCUUCUGCGGAGGAUCAUUCGCAUCUUGUACCUGAGCAAGAGGCUUCAGGGACAGCUGCAAGGAGGCAGCAGGGAGAUCACCAAGGCGGCUCAGAGCCUUAACGAGCUUGACUAUCUAUCACAGGGUGUGGAUCUGAGUGGCAUCGAGGUGAUCGAGAACGACUUGCUGUUGAUCAGCAGAGCCAGGCUCGAGGUGGAGAACCAGGCCAAGCGGUUGCUGGAGCAAGGAAUGGAAAUCCAGAAUCCAACCCAGGUUGGCACAGCCCUUCAGGUUUUCUAUAAUCUGGGUAAUCUCCGAGAGACCAUCAGCCAUGUGGUUGGGGGUUACCACACCACCAUACAGGACAACAUCACUAGUGCACUUGACAUCAAAGGCCUGACACAGCCAGCUCACCCCAGAGGCGCUCCUGGCAGAGCAGUGCUACCAACACCAGGCAACACAGCAGCUUUCCGUGCUGGUCUGUGGACCAACCUGGAGAAACUAAUGGACCAGAUAUGUGCUGCAUCCAGACAAGUGCAGCACCUGCAGAAGGUUCUGAUGAAGAAGAGAGACCCCGUCACUCACGUGUGCUUCAUUGAUGAGAUCAUCAAGGAUGGUCAGCCUGAUAUCCUCUACACCUUCUGGAACAAUAUAACUACGACGCUCAGUGAAGAGUUUCAUAAAGCGACUGAAGCCUCGUCGUUCUUGAAGCAGGCAUUUGAAGGGGAGUAUCCCAAACUCCUGCGACUCUACAAUGAGUUAUGGCGCCGACUGCAGCAGUACAGCACCAGUCUGCAAGGAGCGUUAACCAGCAGUGGUGGGAUGGACGCGUCUCUGGAUAUCUCCACAGUAGAGACAGACAACCAGGACCUGUUUACACACGGGAAACAAGACUACAACCCAGAGAAGGCUCUGAAGGACUCUCUGCAGCCGUACGAGGCAGCCUACCUGUCCAGGUCUCUCUCUCGCCUCUUUGAUCCCAUCAACUUGGUAUUUCCCAUGGGGGGACGCAACCUGCCUUCCAACGAUGAGCUAGACAGCAUCAUCAAGACCAUCAACAGUGAGCUGAAUGUCGCCUCGGUGGAUCCGAGCCUCUCUCUGGCUGUGGCCAAGAACGCUGCCAAGACGGUCCAGCUCUUCUGUGUCAAGUCUGAACAGCUGUUGUGCACUCAGGGUGAUGCCAGCCAAGUGAUUGGUCCAUUAACAGAGGGCCAGCGGAGGAAUGUUGCUGUAGUAAACACUCUAUACCGCCUGCAGCAAGCUGUCACCAAGAUUAUUUCAGGUUUGGGAUCAUGUCCACAAGCUGCUGCAGAGUCCCUCGCUGCUUCUUUGGAGGGAGUUCAGGCAUUGAUGAGAAGUGCGGUGCAUCCUCUCCUGCAGUCAGUCACCGACUCCAUAGAGGCCAUCAUUAUCACCUUACACCAAGAAGACUUCUCAGGGCCUCUGUCCAGCCCCGACAGACCCGAUAUUCCUUGCUCCCUGUACAUGAAGGAGCUGCAGGGUUUUAUCUCCCGAGUCAUGGCAGACUAUUUCAGGCACUUCCAGUGUGUGGACUUCAUAUUCGAGAGCACAGAGUCGAUCGCCCAGAGAGCCAUCGAGCUGUUCAUCCGCCACGCCAGCCUGCUGCGUCCGCUGGGAGGGGGCAAGAUGAGACUGGCUGCUGACUUUGCACAGAUGGAGAUGGCUGUGGCUCCUCUGUGCAGACGAGUGUCUGAUUUAGGAAAACCCUACAGGAUGCUGCGCUGCUUCAGGCCGCUGCUGUUCCAGACCAGUGAGCUGAUAGCCAGCAGUCCAGCUGUCGGUGAGCUGAUCCCCUACAGCACCUUACUACACUUCCUUUUCACCAGAGCCCCACCUGAGCUGAAGUCACCUCACCAGAGAGCAGAGUGGUCCAUCGCCAGGUACUCACAGUGGCUGGAUGAUCAUCCCUCUGAGAGAGACAGGCUCAGCCUCAUCAGGGGCGCUCUGGAGGCCUACGUGCAGUCAGUCAGGGCUCGGCAGGGGAAGGAGUUCGCCCCCAUCUAUCCCAUCAUGCUCCAGCUGUUACAGAGGGCUACCAGCACCUGACAGAACAUCACAGCAGCUGCUCGGUGUUUGGGUCCACAAAUAAUCUGCUCAUUUUUUAACAAGUCUGAUCCAGGGGUCGAGAGAGUAUUUACAGUACAAGUAAUCUCAGCAGUAACAGCAGAGAGCCUCGUGCAGACUUUGUCAUAUAAAAGUAAUAAUUUGUGACACAUCAAAAACUCAUCUGAAUAAAGGCAAUAUUUCCAAAA